UGAAUCAUCAGCGGUUCAUCGAGCGGGACUUUGUUUGUGUCAGUUUUAUCUCUGAAGAAGAGUACUUUUUGACAAUCUUUUCAUACUGCGCAAGAUCAUCUCAAUGUAGCUCAGUGUGAACAUUCAAGAAAUCAGUAUAAUUUAUAUGAUGUCAGAAGUACCAAGUGUUUAUAAUGCGGUGAAGAAAUUUUUCCGCGACAGCCACUUGAGUUGCAAGCAGGAUUGGCUGGAGUCUUGCCUCGAAUAUUUCUCCACUAGCAAUCCACAGGCUAAUUUCCAGUCAUGCAAAGAUUUCGCCUUGGAACAGUGGAAACUCGGAAACCUGCGGGAAAUUGGUGUGCCGACCUUUCCCACCUCCAAUCUCAAAAUUGUCAAGAAGACUGAAUUGAAAGGAACCUUCGCUGUGCAGGUGGAGAAAUUCUGGGACAAGGCAAAUUCUGCGUACAACCAAUACAAAAACUACAAAGGAGAGCUCGGAGACCAACCUGUGAACGAAGAGGCCAAUGAAGAUGGCAUUGACCUUACGGAAUGGGGAAAAGGCCCCAGUGCAGGUGAAACAAAGCGAUCCCUCAAGCCGAGACGCCUCCUCUUGGACAUCUGCGAUGGAACAACAGAGCUCAAGGCUCUCGAGUGGAAACCAAUCCAGGAACUCUCAGGAAUGGUUUACCCUGGUGCCAAAAUGGUGAUCACAGGCCCCGUCAUCUGCCGGAACGGGAUUUUAAUGCUUGGGCCGCAGCAUGUGAAGUUAUACGGAGGAGAGGUCGAUGAUAUUAUUUAUACAAACGCCAUGGAGAACUUGGUGUGCGAUUCGCUGAACAUGCCGAUCAACAAUGACCCGUACACAGGCAAAACAAACACGCUGCCUCCUCCGAGGAAGCCGUGCACGCAGCCGAAGAAAACAAGCCAAUUUCAGCCCAAGCAGCAGCAGUCAAGCUUCAGCCGUCAAGAAAAUCCCAUCAGUUCGAACCCUCCGAACCCUCCAAAUCGACAAAGUAACAAUGCCCAGAAAACUCCUCUUCCAAGGGCACCAACAACUAGCACAAACUUUUUCAACAAUCCCAGCUCCGCCAAGCAGCCGCAAUUCAGCUCACCGAAACUGCGGAUGGCAGCCAAGAAGCCAGCAAUAACAGUUCCUGUUGAUCCGGUUUGGGACGAUGAGUUGGAUGACUUUGAACUGAGCGCCGAGGACCUCCAGCAUAUCAAAUCCGCGGAGAAGAAGUCGCAAGAGACAAGGAAAAGGCAGACUAGCAACCCUGUGGAAACAAUGCUGGUGGAGGACGAUUUGGAUGAGAUCUUGAGAUUGGAAGAGGAGGCCAGCAAGGCAAAAAGAGCUCACUUUGACCUGCCGAAGCCUCAUCCUGCUCAGCCUGUUCUGGCCAGAGUCAAGCCCAUAGUGAAAAAUCCUGUCCAAGCAUCUCUGCCCCCACCCGAGAAAGUUUCCUUGCAACCAAAAGCUCCAAACCUGAAAAAUUUCCUAAGCAGACCGAGCGUUGCAAAGAAAGAGCCACCGAAGCCUCUGCCGAGCAAAGUGAAGAUAAUAAAACGUCCAUUUCUGUAUCUGAUACAGCUGCAGGAUAAGUGGAGAAAGAGGGCCACAGUAAAAGCCACAAUUAUCUCCUUGCUGCAGAAAGUGCAGAAGACAAACCAAAGGUGGAGCCUUAACGUGCGAAUCACCGACGGGACAGCGUUUCUCGACGUUGUCCUGGGAAACAGGGUGCUGCGCAAAUUGAUUGGUGUCAAGUGCAAAAACUUUUCUGGAUUGACCAUUGACAAGGAAACCAAAAUUCAGAUGUUAAAAAGCCUUCAAUCAAAGCUAAUUGACUGUGACUGCCUGAUGGUGCUGAAAUUCCGCAACAACAGCCUUCCAAGGGUGACCAAGCUGAAGAAAGCAACCCUCACGCAUUUCGAACAACUUAAACGUCGACAACGAGUCCUUGAGGCACUCUAGUGUUAUCAUAAUCAAACUUAAAAAUUUUUCAAUUUGUACACAA